AUGGCUGUCUCCUGUGGCUGUUUCUCCUCCAGAUACUGUUGGAAUGCAAAACUAGGAGAAUCCUGCGUUCAAACGGUCAACCCUUCCCUUGUUGAAACUGAGCCCAUGAGCACAAGUCACAAAAAAGAAAAUGUGCUUUCAUCAGAAGCAGUAAAGAUUCCCCAGUGUGAGGACAAAAGGAACCAUGCUGAUAAGCUCAUUUCUCUUUCAACAGUGGAGGACCCCAAAAAGCCAAGUGACCUUUCUAGUUCUACUGCAGAUAGCAAAGCAGGAGAAAAUGACAGACAACCAAAAGAAAGCUUUUUUCACUUUCUUGGUAACUUGUUCAAUAUCUCAGGAAAAUCAUCUCUUGGUGAAGUUAAGCAGUCUUUCAAAGAUGACCAUGAUAUAACUGAGCAAGGUUUACAGAUUCAUUGUGAUAGUCAUGUGGAAGAUAGCAAAAGAGAGAGGGAAAUUUUCAGUGGCUCACUGGGAAUCCAAGCACUUCCAGCAGAAGAACAAGAGUUCAACUCAGAUGAACUCUCAGAUGCCUUUUCUUUGGAUACAACACAAGACAGUGAACAGGAAACCACUGAUUUGUUCAAGCAAAUUGAUGAUAAACCAGAGAAGCCUUCAGUAACGUAUGCAACAUAUCAAGGGCCCAGACAAAUUAGGAAAUAUUUAAAGCAGCAACUCAUAUCGGAAACUAUGAAUUCCUUACACAGAGAAAAUGAAAGUUCUGACUCUAGUACAAACACAUGCAUUGGCCCUGGAAGUGAAGCAGAGGCUGGGUUAGCACCAUUGUCAUUAGCUAGCACAGACAUAUCCAUGAAAGCCUGUUUGCUUGGAGAUCCAUUAGAAGACUGUAGUUAUAGCAAAAUAAAUCUCAACACAGAAAGCUGUCUGUCAUACAACCCAGAACUGAAGAAUUUUGCCUCUUUUAAGGAUGUUUUAAAUAAAAAUGAUCCCAAAGCACCUGAAAGAAGUCAGUCAUCUUCUUCUGUGACUAACUCUAGUGAUGCUGUUGGAGAAUCUGCCUCACAGCACCAUUCAAGUUGCAUAUCAGUUUCUCAGACUGGCAGAAAUUUGGUGUAUUCAUCGAUGUUUACUGGAAGUAAGAGUAGCAAAGUUCAUUGUAGUCCAGAAUUUCAAAGGAAAACUACAACAGAAUAUAUGGUGAGAGAAAACUUCUCUGUGAUGAAUGAUAGGACAUUGGUGCAAAGGAAAGAGCACACUGAGCUUCAGAGACCUGGUGUUUUUGAUUUCUCUUGCAGUAAACUUGGUGAGAAUGCUACCACCAAACUGGAAACUACAAAUUUGUCAAGUCUGAAUAAAUCAGUUACACAUGAAGAUCUGCAGUUACCAGAGAAUGAGUGUUCUGACAAGCAAACCAUAGAUAACUCAUCAACUCAGGCUGCCAGUGAUAUCAGCACUAUUGCUCUCCAGGGGCAUGCUAUGACAGACACAGAACUUGUAAAUGAAGAACUUGAAAACUCACAGAAAAAUCUGGCCAUUACAGAAAAUAAGCAAGCAACAGAAAGUGCCUCCGCUGAUGAAUCCAGAAUUCCAAGCCAUAUAAUAACUCCAGAAGACAGAAUUGAAUCAUUAUUCAAAGAUAGUGAUGAAUCGUUUGAAACAGAAGCUAAAAAACUUGAUUUUGGGCCACAUGACAAAUCUCUUUGUAUUACAAGAACAAAUCAAAAUGACACCACCUCUGUAAAGUUCAAGAGUGAAUCAUCAAUUGUAGCAUGCUUAGAAAAUAAAAUAGCACCUGACCUGAAUCUUGAAUUUAAUAGAAAUCACAGUUCAGAAUCUCCUCUUCACUCUGAGAAUUUUCAGCAAGCCAGAAUAUCACCUGAUGAUAAAACACCUUCUGGUCUUGACUGCAAAAAGUCAAAUUUUCAUACUUUAACUUCUGCCUUUGUUUUUGGUAUUAACAUGCUGAAUAAGUGGAACCAACCAGUUUUAAAGAAUGAAGAAUCUUCUAUGCCUAUUGAAACUGAAGAUGCCAGCAUUGUUGAUAUUUCCCAUUGGCUAGGUAAGUGUCCAGAAGAAAAUGUGGCAAAUAAUAUUGAAGCUUCAGACAGGAAGAGUUCUCCUUCUCCCUUUCACCUUGAACAUGCACCUACAAUUCUUGAAUCCAAGGAAGUUCUUCCUGAUAGUGAAAAAUGCCAGUUUCCUCUAGGUCCUGAAACCUGUGGCAUUCACUUAACUGGGAUGGACCUGUUGAACUUUGAGAUUGGAAACCUCCCUAAGGAUAAUAGCUACAUUUCAUUCCAAGACUGUAACAAUGCAGAGUCAGUGCCUUCAAACACUAAAGUGAAUAACAAAAUGAUAGAGAAAUCUGAUUGUCUUUCUUUGGAAACAAAAACUGAUAACAUUGCUAAAAUUUUAUCAAACUCUGAAAUUGUUGGUCAGAAAACAAUUCCUCUUGUUUCACAUUAUGGAAGAGGAAAAUCUGUAUCCUUGUCAGGGAUAUCUAUUUCACAAGUGGAGCCCAAAGACAUUUCUCAGGGUAAAAUUUCUUCUCUGUUAGAAAUUACAGAUGAACCAGCAAAACCUAUUUUAUCAGAAUUAACUUCUUUAGAAUUUAAACAGGACAAAAGUUCUCAAUUAAUGGAGCAUAAGGAGAGACAUUCAGAUGCUGGUGUUGAAGAGAAUUGUCAGGCUGAGGUGUCUUCUGCCUUUAAAUAUCAACAUAUACAAGAAACAGAAGCAGAUGCCUUAGGUGAUCCUCUUUCUCUUCUCAAAAAUAAUCUACCUGGGAUUUUACUUCCUGGUCAAGAGGAGGAAGUUACUAGAAAUAUUGCACAAAAUUGUGAUGCCAACCCUUGUGUGAUUAAUCACUCUUUGGAUAUUUGUGGGUCUAAAAAGAGUUCUAAUCUCUCAGAAGUCGCAGAGCUCAACUUAACUAAAUUUUCUUCAAAGUUCCAAAACACAUGGGUAAAUUCACCUUUUCUGGGUUCCGAUAUCAAUUUAAAAAGUAAUAUGUUUACAUUUGAGGAUUCUGACUUGCAUAAUGUGUCUUCUGAAUUGAGAGCACAAAGGAAAGCCUCAUCUAACAGGGAGAGAGAUAAAGCUCAUUUUCUUAGUGGUGGGACUGAUAGUAUAUCUUCUCCCUUUCAUCACCCUGAGGAAGUUAGCAUGAUUAUAAAUUCUUAUACUUCAAAAAAUUUCGAUUCUGUGGAAGUUUCUAUAGAUCCCAUAUUUGAAGGUGCCUUUAUAACUCACUCACUGGACCCUAACAGCUCUUAUUUGGAUCUGCAGACACCUAUCCCAACAGGGACAGAAAUUACUCCAUUUCAGGAAAAUGCUAGGGUUCAUACUGGAAGAUUACUUCCUGAUUGCUCAAACACUGCUCAGUUUGACAGACCCAUGGAAGCAGAGAUGGAAGCAGUUGCUGGAGCCUCAGUGUCAGUUAACAGCUCAAAUCAACAGUGUUCUGAAGCAUCUGCUAAGCACACAGAAGCAAGGAGAAGAGCACAUGACCAGGUUUUGGACCCCAAAAGUGAUUUACUCAAGAAGGCUGAUACAUUUAUUGAGGAGGUUUUUAAUUCUGUCAGGGAAGAACUCAAAUCCAAACAAACCGCUGGUACCUUCCCGAAGCAUACAGCCAUAGAUGGUGUUAUGAAUCCAAGUAGCCGAAAAAAAGACAUCCCUGAGAAAAACCCAUCAGAAGUGGCAUUAACGAGAAUCAAACAGAAAGACUGUUUGGAAGAUCGGGGCAUGGAAAAAAUGUCAGAAGUUGAACAGGAGGACUGUAUUUCACCUUCUGUUGGUGAGACAAGUCUGCUUUUUUAUUCUGAUAGAAUGAAUGUAUCUUGUUUGUUAGAAGAUCAAGCUAGAGAGGUAGUCAAUAAGGUUAUUUGUUCAGCCCAAGAAACUUUGAAAUUUGAUGCUUUUGAAGAUACUGGUAAUACCUCAGAUUCUGAACCGCAGGCUAACACUUCAAAAAUUCUGAAGAGUGAUAGUGUACCACAUGAUAAAGUUCAGGAGUUCUUGGUAUCAGAAAGGGCAGUAAAUCAAAGCACAUGUGAAAUUAAUGAAAAUAAAAUAUUGAAUAGAUUCUUGUCCAUAAGUAAAGACUUAGUUAAUGACACAGAGUCAACUAAAGGAAGAGAAAUUGUUCUGUACCAAAAAUCCCCAAUUUCUGGAAAAAGAGCUGGACAAUCUGAUACUCUCAAUCUGCAGGAAUCAGAUGCUGUUUUGCUAGCUGAAGAUAUGUCCCAUAAAAGGUUAGAUGAAAGGGUAAAAUUAUUUGUCAGUAAGGACAGUAAAGAGAUAACAGGAAUAGAGGAUGCGGAUAAUCACAAAACUGGGACAGAUGAUAUACCAACUCUUCUGUUAAAUUUCAAGUGGCCUUUGUUUGUGAAUGAUGACAGCCAUGCACCUGGUACAUCCAAAAGCAGUUUGUCUGAUAGUCUUGUAUGUAUAUCUGAAAAAAGCUUGUCAGGACAUAGUAGAAACACACCCCUUCCACUGUCAGAAAUAGGGAAGGUACACAAAAAGGACAAUGAAGUGAAUAUAGGAAAAAUUGAUCUUAUACCUUCCAUGUUAGAAAUGGGAAAAACAAAUAAAAGGAAUGCAGAAUUGAACAUUGUCAAAUAUGAGAUAGUUCCUCCUAUGUUAGAUUCGGCAAAAGCAUGUAAAAAGGAAGGUGAAUUGAAUAUUACAAAAGUUGAGUCAGAAGCUCACAUUUUUAAAAUGGAAGAAGUAUACCAAAUGGAAGCUGAGCAAUAUAUCGAAAAACUGGAGGGAUUGCCUGUCACUUCAGGAAUGGAAAAAGCUUACCAGAUGAAGGAUACUGAAGGGGAUUUUGGGAAAACUGAAGUGAUGCCUGUUAUGUCAGAAAUAAAGAAUAUCCACCAAAAAGAUGCUGAAGGGGAUAUUGUAAAGAAUGAAGUGACACCUGCUAUAGUAGAACUGGAAAAUAAUUACCAAAAACAUGCUGAAGGGGUUGUUGGCAACACUGCAGCAGCAUCUGCUAUGUCAGAAGUAGAAAAUAUCUACCAAAAAGAUGUUGACGGAAUUACUGAAAAGACUGAAGUGACAGCUGUUACAUUAGAAAUGGAAGACAUUUACAAAAAGGAUGAUGAAGGGAGUGUUGCAAAGACCGAGGUGACACCAGUUGGAUUAGAAAUAGAAAAUUACCCAUCCAAUUCUGAAAGAGAUUUUGGAAAAACUGAGUUAGCACCUGUUACUUUAGAUGUAAUAGGUAUUUACCAGAAAGAUGCCAAUGGGGUUACAGGAAAGAUUGGGAGUCCAGUGUUGGAAAUGGGAACUACUUCCCAAAAGGAAUCUGAAGAGGUUGUUAGGAAUACUGCUGUGGUACCUUUUGUAUUAGACGUGAGAGAAACACACAAAAGAGCAGCACCUAUCUCUUUAGAGAUGGACAAAACUUGCAGGAGAGAUGGCGAAGAGACUAAUGGAACAUUUGUGUCCAUGCCUUGUAAUAUAGGAAUGGAAAUAACAUCUGCAGAAGAUUCUGAGGAAAAUAUUAGGAAACAUGAAGUAUUAUCUACAGUGGUAGACUUUGAGAAAACACAUGGAACAGAACUAGAAUUGACCAUUACACACGUGAAGGCAAUGCCUCCUGUAUUUGAAACUAAAAAAGUACCCCAAGAGUGUGCUGAAGGGAGUGUUGGAGUAAUAGAGGAAGAGCUCACUGAAAUAAAGGAAGGCAUGAUAUUGCAUGCAGACAGACUUGCGUCACACUUCAGGGGGUAUGAAUCACCUACAUUAAGUAAAGAUUUUGAGGGCUACCCUGCCUUAGCAAUGCCAGAUUUUCAGCCAAAAGAUACAAAAGUAAGGCUCAACAAAAUAAUGUCUGUUUCUGCAGUGUAUGACAAAAGGAGAGAUCGAGAUUAUAGCGAUGGAAAGGAAGAAUCUAAUUUAGCCUUUGUUUCUCAGGAAGAACAAGAAAAUUCUUCUUUUACUAUAUUAUAUGAAGAGCCCCUUCAAGAUGAGGAGAAGUAUGCUGCUUCAGAAAUAAGAGGGAUACAGUCUGUCUUGUUUCCUGACAUGUCUUCUGACAGUUUGCCUGUUCUGGCAUGUGAAAGAUCUGAGAGUAGAACUGACCUUGUCCAUCAUUUUGAAAAAGAUCCUAAACUAAGUGAGACGUUUGAUAGUGACAGUUCAGAAAUGUUCUUAUCAGUGGAGGCUAGAAGGUACAAAAUUUAUCCCAUGGCUUUGAGUCCCAUUUAUGAGGAUGACAGCUCACAGGAGGAUAUUCUAUCCAGUGAGGUCUCACCUGGUCACCAUGACUCCACAAAAUCAAGAGAAAGUACAAACCAAUCCUCUUCUGUCUUAUCACUUCUCCAGUCAGUAUCAGAGCGUUUAAAGAUGAAUUUUGAUGACGAUGAUAGACAGGUGGCUGAAGAAGAGGAGGAAGAAGCAUUACCUACAUGUCUCAAAGUUCAAAGGAGAGAGCAUGUUACCUUCCAUAUGCCGGAUCCUUCCAUCACAUUUUACCCGGAUGAUGAUGACCAGGAUUGCAGUGAAAUUUCUAAGAAUUCAUAUGCAAUGUCAAAUGAACCUACUACCUCCAGUCUGCAAAUUGGUCUGUGGCCAGAAAAGGCUUCAUUGCUACAAAAAUCUGACCUUACCUCUAAACUGCAUUCUUCUUUAAAGAGUGUUUAUCGUCAGUAUUUGCAGACUUCUCAGACUUAUUCCUCAGAAAAAGCCAAAUUUGGUGGGAUUUUUCAGGAACCAGUGUCUAAAUAUUUUCGUGUUCAAGACAAUCCGGGUGGAUUGAGCUCAUAUAUAGAGAAUAUUGACAAAUGCACGUUGAGGUGUAACCCACGACCUGGGAAGAUGGUUAUCUAUGAUCUCCAUAGAAGUAAAUAUAAACAAGAGAUCUACCGUAAUGUUCCUGAUGCUACAGCAUGGGCUUUUCCAAAUGGAGUACUAAUAAAAGUUGUAAGGGGCUGUUGGAUUUUAUAUGAGAAACCAUAUUUCCAAGGCCAGAAAUGUGUGUUAGAAGAAGGAGAGAAGGUGUUAAAUCGUGACUGGAUUCUUUAUAGCAGAAAGCACCCACAAAGUAUCUUUGUAUUGGGUUCUAUCAAACGAGUCCUAAAGAAUUGCAGCAUUCCAGAGAUAGAGCUUCACCCACAGACUAACCCAGCAUGUUGUCCUGUGUACAUACAAAGAGCAGUUCCCAAUUUGGAAGAACUGAACAUCUCCAAAUCUGUGUCCUUCACUGUGAAAUCAGGAGUUUGGCUUGCCUAUCCAGAUAUUAAUUUUAAAGGUCAAGCUACAGUUUUAGAGGAAGACCAUGGACUCUUUGAGAUUUCUGCAGCAGAAAUAAAGUCAUUACAUCCACUUCAAAUGGGUGGACUAAAAGUGGAAAUGCCUAUGAAUUUAAAGGUUAUUAUUUAUGAAAAGCCUCACUUCCAUGGUCAGGCCAAAGAGUUUAGUGAACAUAUAGAUUCUGUACCAAAUUUUUUAAAAAAUAAUGAGGACUUUCAUGGAAUUGGAUCAAUUCGUGUCAUUGGUGGAGUGUGGGUUGCCUAUGAAAAAGAGCAUUUUAAAGGACAGCAGUUCCUGCUUGAAGAAGGAGACUUUGAAGACAGUAAUGAUUGUGGGGCAUUAAAUGGCCCCAUAUUGUCUUUCCGAUACUUACAAGCUAAUUUUAUAGAAUCUUCUAUCACAUUGUUUGAAUCUGAUCUAGAAAGUGGAAAAUUUAUUGACAUUUCAAAUCAGGAAAUUUCAGACUUAGAAGAAAUUGGCUUUGGUAGUGAAACAAGAUCCAUUCAUGUUAAAAGUGGCAUAUGGGUUGCUUACCAGCAGAAGUUCUUCUGCGGAGAACAAUACAUUUUAGAGAAAGGGAAAUACAAAUGCUUUUUAGACUGGGGAGGAUCAAAUAAUGCAAUUAUGUCAAUUCGACCUAUUCAACUGGAACCACUUGGGAUAAAUGAGCCUCCACAUUUGCUCAAAGCAUUCAGUAAACCAGGGUUCCAAGGUGAAUGCAUAGAUUAUACAAAAGAAACUUCUGAUCUGACUUCAUUUACACCAUGUUCUUUGAAAGUUCUUCGAGGUUGCUGGCUUCUCUGUUACCAAGAGGACAUUUUCUAUAAUCAGUGUGUGUUAGAAGAAGGCCUCUAUGCUGACCUUACUUCCUGUGGCUGCCCAACAUCUGGAGUUACAUCCCUUAAGCCUAUUGACUAUGUGUUUGAAGAGCCCUCCAUCAGCCUUUUUGCCCUGGAACACUGUGAGGGAAGAGAAUUACAUCUUGAAGAGGCUGUAAGCUCUGCUUUGAAUAAGGACCUGCAUUUUUACACCCAGUCUGUAUGGGUGAAAAGUGGACUGUGGAUAGCUUAUGAAGGAUCCAAUUUCUUGGGAAGACAAAUCCUACUUGAGCCUAAUGAGAUCCCAAAUUGGACAGCAUUCAGUGGCUGGAAAACAAUUGGUUCUCUUCGUCCUAUGAAGCAGCCUGCAGUGUACAUCAGAAUAAAGAACCGAGCCCAGGAUGAGUAUCUGACAGUCACUGGAAAUCUAGCUGACACAAGGGCAACAUCUGUAUGCAUCUCUCCCUAUAGUGGAAAGAAUACUCAGAUCUGGCACUACUGUCGUGGACUCUUUAAAUCCAAGGCUAGUGACACAUGUCUUGAUGUGAUCGGUGGCCGGGACACACCUGGAGCUAAGGUGGCCCUAUGGACUGAACAUGGACAGUUAAGACAGAAGUGGAGACUGAAUAAAAAUGGAACUAUCAGCUCUUAUCUCAGUGAUCAACUUGUCCUUGAUGUUAAAGGAGGAAAUUAUUAUGACAAGAUUCAUGUCAUUGUAAAUCAGCCUCUGGAGGGAGAAGAGACACAGAAAUGGGACAUUGAAAUACUGUGAGAGAACCAACAUCCUUAGAAGGAGCAAAGGAACUUCAACCUCCCUCAUUAUCUUAUGCAUGGUAAAAAAAGAAGCUACUGUGUCCUCACUCUGGGAACCCUGAGCAGAAUGACUUUCCCCCCAACCACAAGACUACUGCUCUUCAACCACAGAAAAUUUCAAAAUGACUCUUGCCACUAAUUAAGUGUCUCUCUCUGAAGAAAAUGUUAUGAUUUCUGGGAAGUGUUUUAUUCAAACGGAUCCCAGUUGUGGUGAGCAAGUUUCCUAAAUUCUGUAUUUUCUAUCCUACCCCGCAAACAUGCAUCCUGUAUCUGAUGACCCAUUAUAGAACACUGGUGACAUUGUGACCUGUAUUAGUUACCAGUAUCCUCAUACUGGUUACUUCUGUGAGUGCAAGGCACAAGGAAAUAAAAUCCUACAGGAGAUCAUCAUCUUUUGACACAGAUGAUGAAUAUUCUGCAAACACAUUUAAUAAGCCUUAUUAUUAAGCUAUUAUACUAAAUAAACCUUCAAGUUUCUAUACUGAAGCUUUAAGUGAAGCACCCCGUAAGUAUUUAUACAGUACUUUUAACUGACCCCAGAGAGGGAUGUAAAAAGCAUCAAUACUGGAGUAUUUUCUGUGGCCAUUCUUUACUCAAUUUACAAAUAACAAUAAAACUGAAUAACCUUACAGUGCCAACCCCUAGAGUUACAAUCUAAUGUUAACAGAGAUAACCCUUCUAGGUAAUAAGACCCUUAACAGUAGUUUCUAUCCUGGUGCUAAGACCUUGCCCUAGAUUUUGCCUGAUUUGAUUUUAAGGCAAAGUGUUUAGAGAGACUGUUACAUAAUAGUCAAAAUUAUUUUGUCUACCUGAAGUAAAAGGAAAUUCCCAAUGUUCAAAUUAAAGCAAAGCAGUUUGAGCUUUGACCUUACCUAUCUUUCUGUUCAAGUAAAAGUGAUGAUUUCUCUACUUAACGACACAAAAUUCAGUUUUCACUCUGAUUUUAAAGAGCUCACAUUCAAACAAAAUCAGGUAGGAAAUCAUCUUUGACUUAAUCUAAAUACGACCUUUAAUAGCACAAUUCACAAGUGCUUUUACCUCUUUAGUUAUAUUUAAACUUACCUUGAGACAACUGUUGCUUUCAUCUCCCAUUUUUGCCAGAAAAUGCUCUAUUUUUAUUUAAAAAAUUAAAUUAUCCACUGAUAUUUUUAAAAAUAUCAACCUAUGUGCACUUUAGAAUGUAAAAUAACUGAAUAGUUCUAACUCAAAAAGCCCCACUAUUUUGAGUAUUUUUAUAGGCUUGGUCGUUUCAUGUAAAUACUGGUUGUUAACCCCCUUUUUGAUCUCAGGCUCUUUUAAGCAGUAUCUGAAGAUGCUGAAUGCCUCUCAAGAUUGUGGCAGUAUUAUUAAAUGAAACUUUGUGUAUAUUUUCCUUGUAAAAAUCCAACUUUAAAAAUUGUUCAAAAUUUUUCUAGAGCCAAAGAAGCUCUAAAGUUGUUAUUCCAAAAAAAAAACAAAAAGAUAUGACAUUGAAUUCUACAUGAUACAUUUAUUGGAGUUGUGCCUUUUCUACCACACUGGAUUAAAUAAACUUUCAAAAGCAUGGAUUGGUCACAUUCUGGACACCUAGUAUUUUACUUUUUUUUCUUCCAUGUGCCCAUUAGUACAAGUAUUUCUAACAGACAUGCUGCUUUGUAAGGGAUGGUGAUACUCUCUUCUUCAGUCAUGUUUAUGGCCAGUACUUACUUGGUGGGUGGACUCAGAACAAUACUACAUAGCACUUCCAUCUUCCCUAUUUGCUUCUGGAAAGG